AUGGCUACGCGACCUAAGAAAAAGGGAGUGGUCAAAAACCUGGCAGCAGGCCGUCCGCCCACGGUCACAAAGCCCAAGUCACUUGCGCGGAAAACCACGAAAUCCAUCAUCAACAAACUCCAUCUCCUAGAGAAGAGGAAGGUGCAGGCUAUGAAGAAGAACGAUAACGCACAGGUCACGGCAAUUGAGGCGGAGAUCGAGGCUUUGGGUGGUAUCGAGAAAUAUCAGGAAGCAAGUCUCCAGGGGCAGAGACAUGAUCGAGGCGGCGACAGCUCCAACGUGCUCAUGGAGUGGGUUGGGCCGUACCUCUCAUCUGAGGAGUAUAAAGAAGGCCGCUUGCGCAUGUUGGAAGUUGGAGCGCUGAGUACAAAGAACGCAUGUGCUCAAAGUAACCAUUUCGACAUCACUCGAAUCGAUCUCAACAGCCAAGAGCCUGGGAUUCUUGAGCAGGACUUCAUGGAGCGCCCGUUACCCAAGGACGAGUCGGAGAAGUUUGACAUCAUCAGCCUUUCUUUGGUGCUCAACUUUGUCCCAGAUCAUAAGGACAGAGGCGAGAUGCUGGUCCGCACGACACAAUUUCUAACAUCGUCGAAGCGGUUCUCCGGGACAACCGCUGCAUUCUUUCCAAGUUUGUUCCUUGUGCUACCGGCUCCAUGCGUCACCAACUCGCGAUAUCUGGAUCAAGAGAGGUUAGCGGCUAUUAUGGAAUCGAUCGGGUACGAGAUGGUGGAAUCCAAGACAACCCAACGGCUGGUUUAUUACCUGUGGAGGAGAACAUCAGAUCAGGUUGGAAACGACAGGCCGUUUCGCAAGGAAGAGAUACGUUCUGGCUCGUCACGCAACAACUUUGCCAUUACCUUGGUCUAA